AUGACAACUGCAACAUCACCAAAAGCAACAUCUGCUCCAGUAGCCACUAUUAAUGCUCCCUCCCCAAUGGGCAAGAAAAUGCCAUUGGAGGGAAGCUAUGUGGUGUGGAAUAAUCGUGGCGGUUCGGGCAAAACUAAUUUAACUUAUCAUCUAGCUAUCAAAUACGCAUAUAGAAAUCCAGAUAAAACUGUUCUUGUUGUUGAUAUGUGUCCACAAGCCGAUCUUAGCCAUGCUUUUCUUGGCGAUGAUGAGGACGGACAUGACUAUGUUUCACAAAUAGGUUCACUUAAAAAAGAUCCUAUGAUACUUGACGGACAACAACGUAUACCACGAACAAUAUCAGGUUAUCUCGAUAUAUAUACAUCAGUUGGAUUACCAAAUAAUGUUGAUCCACGAACAUUUUUAUUUAACGUAUCCAAAUUUAACAAUCAAUUACCUCGUAAUGUUUAUUUAUUAUGUGGUGAUACAUCCCUUGAAUUACUAGGCAAAGCAAUGGAUUUAAAACGAAGUUCACAUACAAUAACUCCUUAUGCUAAUCCAUGGCGUACAAUAACACAAAGUUUACGCGCAUUUGUGCAUAAAAUAGGCGAGAGACGUGGAAUUAAGUUAAUGACAUUUAUUGAUACCAAUUCAUCAUUCAGUAUUUGUACUGAAAUAGCACUAACAGCUGCAGACCGUCUAAUCCUACCUGUCAGUGAAGAUCAUUUACAUCGAAAUGGCUUCGAGUAUCUUUUUAGUCUUCUUUAUGGUUUCUCUCAGCCGUCCAGUAUUUAUUAUUAUUAUCGUCAUUACAGUUUUUAUUAUCGUGCCGACGAAAAUAGUGUUAAAUUACCUAAGAUACAUUUAAUUCUAUGUAAAGUAGGAUCCUCAAGUACAGAAUCAAAAAUCGGUAUUGGUGGUAAUGUACCAACCCCCGGCGAAAUAGAUAAAUGUUGGCGUUUUGUUUAUGAUACAUACACAAAACAUCGCGAUGCAUUCGAAAUCCGUACAUCAUCGAUAUUAGCCACAUCACCAUCCCAUGAAAAAACUUAUACGACCGCGCCACGGUUAUCAUCAAUAUCAUUAACACCAUCGUUAAUACACGAACAGCAUCCAUCGUCAUUACCAGGUUCCCUAACACCAUCAGCAGCCAGUCAUUGUCAUAAUCAUAUAAAUAAGUUGAAUAAUCAAACGCCACCAUAUCAAAUACAAACAUUCGAAGAAUUCAUGCGACAAUACGUAAUGCAUAUUGGAAAUGAAGCAAAUGUUGUAUCGCGUAUAGCCGUUAUAUCACAUUCACCAUUACUAGCUGUUAAACAUCCACAUCAUUCACAUGAAUAUCAAAUAUGUGCACAAACUUUCGACAAAACAUUGAACGAUAUUGUAGAACGGAUUUGA